CUAGAUCAAAUACCAUAAUGACCAAUGAAUCUAUAGGGACAAUUAGCACAAUAACCAAAUUUAUUGGAUAGGUUGAUGUAUGGUCCUAAUGUUCGUUAAAGUUAGGACGUUCUAGCGCGAUUUAUAGUUGUUGACUGUGAUACAAUGAGCACUAACACGUUAAAACGUCCUAAGAUAGAAAGGGUGACCAUUCACUAGUUUGGUUUUACAAAACAGUAUUUAGAGGAAAAUAAUUAGGUCAAACUCGAGCAUCGAACAUUCAGCAUUUUCAAUCCCCACUCAAAAGUCAACAAAUCUGGCUCCAAAGAAAGAAAAAAGAGGAAAAACCCCGCGAAGUAACACGUGGCUACAUACCUGUUUUCUCUCGAGUUCCAACAGAAUAAACAAUUCAGAAAGUACGAUUGCGAAAUCAAUUGGAGAGCAACUCGCACUCCAGCUCUCUGUCUUUUGAUCCAUUCUUCGUUCAGAAAAAUCUCCAGAAAUAAUCAAACAUGGCGGCAGCGUCAGCGACAUCAGCCGCUACUCAGUCGCAGCUCUCUUGCUUCUCCUCGAUCAACCGCAAUCUCCACCAGCUCCAUCUCCACCGCCGCCGCUUCAUCUCCUUCCCGUCCUCUCCCCGUCUCCCCAAGUUCUCGAUUGUUAUGAGCGCUGAUGGCCGCGCCAGGGGGAAUCCGGAUUCGGAUCCUUAUAAGGGUUAUGAAUCGGCAUCAAAGUCAAUGCCCUAUGGAGAAGAUACCAGCGUGGAAGAGACGAGUAAGAACGCUGAUCUCUUUGUGGAGAAGAAGAGUGUCUAUGGUUCCGCCAUGAUCCAUGAUUUCUGUUUUGGCAUUCCCUUUGGGGGUCUUGUCCUAAGUGGUGGGCUCAUUGGUUUGUUAUUCUCAAGAAGUUAUGCAACAUUCAGUGGCGUGCUAAUCGGAGGGGGCUUACUCGCAUUUAGCACUUAUAGCUUAAAGAUCUGGAGACAAGGGAAGUCCAGUUUGCCAUUCGUUUUCGGACAAGCUGUGCUCUCGGCAGCUCUUUUGUGGAUGAACAUUGAGGUUUACUCAUUGACCAAGAGCCUCCUUCCAGCAGGGUUUUUUGCUGCUAUUAGUGCUGCAAUGCUGUGCUUCUACAUACAUGUCUUCAUCUCCGGAGGCAAUCCACCACCAAAGAAGUUGCACUAGUCCUGCCGUGAGGACAUGACCAUCUAGGUCAGCCAUGGUUAUAUUUAUAGGUGAAAAGUGUUGGUUCAUUUUAAGUGAUGCACUCUGCCGGGAUCUAGCCACGAUAGUUUUGCGAGCGUACAUGAUUUCUGUUGUAGUAGAGUAUAAUUAAGGACAAAUGAGUGGGGAAUCAGUUGAUUGAGGCAAAUUGUUAUAACCCGGCUACCGAAUUUUCAGAAAGAUCAGAAAAUGCUCGAUCUGAUUUGUGUUUGCUGGAGUAUCAAAAGCUGUAGCCGAUGAUUGGUUGAGUUCUGCAGAAGAAAAGCAAAAGGUUAGACAAGAAGUUGUGCAGAAAGGCUGGCCGAGUUUGGCAAGUUAAACCGAGAAUGAGAAGAGUGAAGAACUUUGCAAUCUGGAUUUUAUAUUUACCAAGAAUGUUGGAGCAGAGUUGUUUUGAAUUUAGUAGGCAGAAAUUAUAUUCUUACAGUUCAUGAAUUUUCAUUUCUUUAUGGAAACUUAGUCUUUCCAAAUUCUCACAUUGCACCACAACACCCAUCGUAUACUAGCAGGACGAUAAGUCGAUCGCAGGAAAAAUAAUUCGACAAGUAUCGUUGUAGCAAAGACCGAUAAUGGUGAAUAAUUUUCUGAAUCUUGUCACACAUUAUGCAAAUUGAAAAGAUAAACAAAUAAAUUUAAC